AUACACGGUCGAGACAGGGGGCUGGGCACGGGUCACGGAUCGCAGCUGAUUGUAGUUUGACAAUUGACUGUGUUUUGAUUCAUCAAACAAUGACAACGAUCGCAAACAAGGCCGUCCGCGUUGUAAUCAUGUAAUUCUAAAAAUAAUGAAUUAUUUGAAUGGAAAAUGUCAUGAAUACAACACGGUAUAAUAGGGGAAAAAGAGUUAAAAUUUUUAAUUAAUUGGUGCAUAAAUAAUGGGGGGUUAUGCGAGCAGACUUGCAUCCGUCUCUAAUAUCGCAGUCAAUUCGGUAUAUCGUGGACGAAAACGUAAAUGCAUUGAAGAGGACUACUUAGAUGAAGAGUCUGAAUUCAUCGACAGAACUCUGCAAACACCGAAAAAGAGGAAAUUGCUUACGACAGCACAAUAUAUAUACAAAACCUUAUUUCAAGAAGAGAAAGGAAGUGAUGUUAUUGUUUUUAUGUUAGGAAGAGCAUGGCGACUCCAUAAAGUUUACAUCAGUCAAAGUCCGUAUUUUGCCAGUAUGUUUUCUGGAUCCUGGCGAGAAGCGAAUGAAAAAGUUAUAAGAAUUGAAAUUGCAGACCCAAACAUCACUGCAGAUUCCCUGCAGACGGUACUUGGUUCAUUUUACCAGGACGAAAUCAGCCUCGAACCGAGAGAUGUUAUUUCAAUUCUGGCUACUGCGACUCUUUUUCAGCUUCAAGGACUCAUAGAUCAGUGCACGGAAAUUAUGGUCGAGACGACAAAUGUAAAAACUGUAGUUCCUUAUUACAAUGCUGCUGUUUCAUAUGGUGUUCCUGCUGUAAAAACUGCAGCCAAGAGGUGGCUAGAAGUAAAUUUGUUAGGAUACGGAUGGCUGCAUCCAACCUUUUUAAACGAAAUCACAGCCGAAUUAAUGACCGAUUUAAUUUCCAGUCCCGGUUUAGUAGCUAUGCAAACAGAGUUCUGUGUAUAUAUGAUGCUUCGAGUUUGGUUAUUUGUACAAAUUCAUAAUAAAGAAGAAACACUGCAAAUUGACGAGUACUUCAAAAGUCACGUUUGGAAAGAACCUUUUUUGGCGACAGAGGAAGGGAAAAAAUAUGCAGCGCCUUUCAAGGCACUGAGAAAUAAAUACUUAAUAUUACAUGAUCAAGAUGUUAAGAUUCUCUAUAGUGACAAUCUCAUACCACCGGAUUGGCUUCACAGUUCCUACAAAGAACAGUGGCUACAUUUAUUACGUAUCGAUGCUAAUAAAGAUAGAGGACCAAAGCAGAUGAGCGAUGAGCAAUUUUCUAGGGAGUGUUUCCGGUGUGGCAGAUGCGUGGAGAGACCCGGUGAACACGUUUGGAGAUGGACUGCUUUUCACUUUGGCUUAGAUCUUGUCGUUUACUUGGAUACUACUACGCUUAGAAUCAAAAGGAAUCAUAGACUGGACACAGAUCACAUAAAAGCCAAUCACACCCUACAUAAUAUACUAUUGCAGGUGUCAGUCGGCACCUUGGUAAAUCAAGCGCUAUCACAGGACCGUACGCAGACGGCUACGACGUCUCUAAGGAGGCGAGCGAGGGGCAAGGUUGGACGGAGGAGUCAGGGGCGGUCUGGCGCCCCGCCGUCUGCUUCCGGCUUGCUGCAAGAGGCUCAUAGUAUGUUGUGUGUACGGGCUGAGGAGAUGCAUGAUAUCAUCGUCCAGCACUUCUCUUCGGAGAUGAAUGCAGGCUCACGCACGUGUACACAUGUACACCCACACUCUCCAGUAUGUCUGGGGCAAGUUGACAAGUCAGGAAGCCUCCAGUCAUUUUUUCUGCUUAUGUGGGCGGUAUAUGCACGUGACACAUAGAGAAGUGUCCUAUCGAUGUUGUUUUGUUUUGCGAGACCCGACAGUUCCUAAGAUCGAGGCCGUAUGGGUUGCUGACCUACAGAAUGGGGAUUUCGGUGAUUCCGAGUCCGAGGCGCCAGGAACUACUGAUUCUUAAACAUGCAUUAACGUUUGAUGUGAUAUAUUGUGUUUUUAAUAACUAUGUGUAUGUGUGACUGGCGUGUCCUAAAAUAAAAUCUGUGGAUUUUUA